CAACAGCUCAAUUCAGCUGCGUCAAAGCAAAAGUGCGGAAGAAGCUGCUUCGACUGGACGGAGACGCGUCGCAGGCAUCCAUCCCUUUUUCCAGAUGUAGAAGUCCAUAGUCCAGUUUUGUGGACAGAAGAAAGAAAACGGGUAUUGCCUUCAAAAUGGAUGGUGCAGAGGAGAGUGAACAGUUUCCUGAUAGGCCACAGGUGCCUGCCUCAUCCUGUGUGUCCAUGAAAAGUGACACCUCCAUGAAGAAACGCAAUGACUUCACCAAAGAAGCAGCUGAUAGAAAAAACAAAACAGGUAUUGCCUUCAAAGUGGAUGGUGCAGAGGAGAGUGAACAGUUUCCUGAUAGGCUACAGGUGCCUGCCUCAUCCUGUGUGUCCAUGAAAAGUGACACCUCCAUGAAGAAACGCAAUGACUUCACCAAAGAAGCAGCUGAUAGAGACCAAUAUGACUGUUCAGAAUCUACGGAGAUGGAUGGAAAUGCCAUAUUUAAGCUGGUGGAAACUCAGGGCAUGGAGAUUUUUCAGAGUGAGCUGAAAAGGUAUAGAAGGAUGCUCUUUCCACACCUUUCACAAUCUUCUGUGAGUGAAAAGCAGGAUGAAGAAAGUUUGACUACAGAAGAUGAAAAGCAAGACAGCAGUGCCAGUGAGGGGGUUCUGAAGGUUACACUGCAUGUCUUAAAGGAAAUGGGCCACAGUGCGCUCGCUAACGAACUGGAGAAACACAUUUAUGGUGAGCUUGAUGUCUGCCAACGCAAACUCAGACACAAAUUGAGAAAGUUUGAGUACAUUUUCGAGGGCACAGCACAGCAUGGGAACCAGACACUCCUAAACAAGGUGUACACCGAGCUGUACAUCACAGAGGGAGUCAGUGGAACUGUUAAUAAUGAACAUGAGGUCAGGCAGAUUGAGGCUGCAAACAGGAGACCAGCAGAAGAAGACAAGCCAAUCAAAUGUGAAGACAUCUUUAAUCCCCUAUUCGGACAAGACAGAUUCAUCAGAACCGUGCUAACUAUAGGAAUUUCUGGCAUUGGAAAAACGAUCUCUGUACAGAAGUUUAAUCUGGAAUGGGCAGAAGGAAGAGUCAACCAGGACAUCCAACUCUUAAUUAAUCUUCCGUUUCGCGAGCUGAAUCUGAUGGUGAGCCACUGCACACUUACACAGCUUCUUCAUCAUUUUCUUGCAGAGGCAAAAGAAUCAGGAAUUUCAAAUUUUGGCAAAUAUAAGCUUGUGCUGAUAUUUGAUGGGUUGGAUGAGUGUCGGCUUCCUCUGGACUUUGACCACAACAAGCCCUGCUGCGGUGUCUCAGAGCCAGCUUCAGUGGACGUACUACUGACAAAUCUAAUCAAGGGGAACCUGCUGCCCUCUGCACACAUCUGGAUCACCUCCAGGCCUGCAGCUGCAGAUCGUAUUCCAAAUGAUCUUGUUGAUCGCAUGACAGAGAUACGAGGGUUCAACGACCCCCAGAAGGACGAGUACUUCAGGAAGAAAAUCUCUGAUCAAAACAUGGCCAAUAGAGUCAUUUCACAUGUUAAGGCAACCAGGAGCCUUCAUAUCAUGUGUCAUAUACCAGUCUUCAGCUGGAUAUCUGCCACCGUUCUCCAGAGGAUUUUAAAAGAAACAGAAAUGAUGGGAACGGAGGAGGAUGGAGGAAGAAAAGAAAUGCCUAACACUCUGACACAAAUGUACACCAGUUUUCUGGUAUACAACUCGCUGAUCAAAACUCGGAAGUAUCCAGCAGGAGAAGAGGCAUCUGAAACACAGUCCCGGGUCGAAAUUGAUGAAGAUGUGAUCUUGAAACUUGGAAAACUGGCCUUUGAGCACCUGAUAAAAGGCAACAUGAUCUUCUAUGAGAAUGAAUUGAUUGAGUACAAUAUCGACAUCAACGAUGCUGCAGUGUAUUCAGGAGUGUUCACACAGAUCUCGGAGAAUGACUUUGGAUUUCAUCUGGAGAGGGUCUUUUGCUUUGUGCAUCUCAGCAUUCAGGAGUUUUUUGCUGCCAUGUACAUUUUCUACUCAUUCAUCUGCUUCAAUCAGAACUUGCUGGAACCAGAAGAAACCAUCAGCGUCCAAGAGGCUCCCAGUGAAGUAACCAGCCUCCUCAAGAGUGCAGUGGACAGGGCUCUGCAGAGUGAGAACGGACACCUGGAUCUUUUUCUUCGUUUCCUUCUGGGUCUCUCGCAGUCAUCCAAUCAGUCUCUGUUGAAGAGCGUUCUGACCACAAUGGAGAUCAGUCCACAAAGAAAUGAGGAAAUUGUUGAGUACAUCAAGGAGAAGAUCCGGCUAAAUCCUUCCACAGAAAAAUGCAUCAAUCUCUUCCACUGCCUCAUUGAGCUGAACGAUCAGUCUCUUUUGGAGGAAAUCCAAAACUACCUGAACUCUGGUAGAUUGUCAGAGACCAAACUAUCCCCCUCACAGUGGGCUGCUCUGGUCUUUGUGUUGCUUACCUCAAAGGAAGCAUUGGUUGAGUUUGACCUGAGGAAAUAUUCAAGAUCAGAGGAGGGUCUUCUGAGGCUAUUACCAGUGAUCAAAGAAUCCAGAGUAGCCGUGCUUAAAGAAUGUAACCUCACAGAGAAAUGCUGUGAAGCACUUGGAGAAGUCCUAAGCUAUCCAUGUCUGAAGGAACUGGACCUGAGUGACAAUGAUCUGCAAGACUCCGGAGUAGAACUGCUCUGUGCUGGACUGGCAAGUUCAUCAUGUCAGCUGAAAAAACUGAGAUUGUCAUUCUGUGGAAUCACAGAGACUGGCUGUGGCUUUUUGGGCAGAGCACUGAGGUCCAACCCCACCCACUUGAUGGAACUGGAUCUGAGUUACAAUCAUCCAGGCCAACUGGGGAUGGAGCUGCUGUCCUCUGUACAGGAGAACAUUGAACACCUUACUGUCAGCUUGGAAGGCAAUGCAGAGUGCUACUUAAAAUCAUCUCUGAAGAAGAAAUAUGCAUGCAAGCUUACUAUGGAGGUGAAUUCAGCUCAUUCACACUUGUCUUUUUCUGAAGACAACAAAACAAUGACACGAAUGGAAACAGCUCAGCCAUAUCCUGACAGCCCAGAGAGAUUUACAGACUGGGGACAGGUGCUUUGUAAAGAGGGUCUGUCUGCUCGUUGCUACUGGGAAGUGGAGUGGACCGGCGAAUGGACAGGUAUAGGAGUGGCUUAUAAAGGAAUCAGCAGGAAAGCAAAAGGUAAUGAUAGUGUCCUUGGCUACAACGAUCAGUCCUGGAGUCUACGCUACCAUCAAGGUAAAUACAACGCCUGGUACAAUAAGAAUGAUGCAGCCAUAUCUGUCCCCCACUUCAACUCCAAAAGGACUGGAGUAUUUUUGGACUGGUCAGCUGGCACUCUGUCCUUCUAUGCCAUAUCCUCAAACACCAUGACUCACCUUCAUACAUUCCACACUCAGUUCUCUGAACCCGUGUAUCCAGGCUUCAGGCUCGGAUUUAAAGAUUCUUCAUUGACACUUUGCCCGCUAGAAUACCCUUAAAUACCCAUAUUCAAUGUAUAUGUUCAUGAAACAUGUACAUAGAAUAAUUCAAGACUUAAAAAAUGUAAAUAAUUAUGUUCCUAUCAGCUUUCUAGCAGGGCUCUCUAGUGACAGUUAAGUGUAUAUAUUGUUAUAGUGUAUGUCAAACAUCAUGCAGAAAUACGGAAUCAGCAUCAGCGAGUUGUUUCUCCAUCCAGCUACCACUGCUUUACAAUGACAACUCCUCCAGGACAUCCAGGCUGCUCUCUCUGUCCCUAAUGGGUGAGACCAAACACCCCGCCAAAGGACACCUGAAUCUGAAGUCUGCACCUUGAGGCACAGGUCUUUCACAAUGACCUUCCAGUACAACACCUGCAUUAACGGACACCUCACUCCAUUACCUCCAUCAGACAGCAAGCUGUGACAGCCCAGGAUCAUAUGACAGUAUUUGUUUUGGCCUGUUCCUGUUCAGGUUCUUCCUGAUUGGCUGGCCCUUCCCAUCUACAGCACGUUCCAAAUUAUUAUGCAAAUUUUAUUUUUCUCAGAUUUUCCUAAAUAGUCAAUGCAAAUGACAGUCAGUAUAAUUUUCAAGUCAUUAACCAUUAGAAUAUAAUUAAAAUUUUAUCGAACAAACCUCCCAAUGAUAACAGUAUUUUUUCAAAAAUAAAAAAGUCAAAAUGCACUGUUCCAAAUUAUUAUGCACAACAGAGUUUCAAAACAUUUUAUAGGUUGUAAAAAACCAAAAAUGGUAAUUUGUUGAAUUUGCAGCAUUAGGAGGUCGUAUUUACUGAAAUCAAAAGCUAUUUAAAUCAAAAACAUCUUAACAGGCCAAGUUACAUGUUAACAUAGGACCCCUUCUUUGCUAUCACCUUCACAAUUCUUGCAUCCAUUGAACUUGUGAGUUUUUGGAGAGUUUCUGCUUGAAUUUCUUUGCAGGAUGUCAGAAUAGCCUCCCAGAGCUGCUGUUUUGAUGUGAACUGCCUCCCACCCUCAUAGAUCUUUUGCUUGAGGAUGCUCCAAAGGUUCUCAAUAGGGUUCAGGUCAGGGGAAGAUGGGGGCCACACCAUGAGUUUCUCUCCUUUUAUGCCCAUAGCAGCCAAUGACACAGAGGUAUUCUUUGCAGCAUGAGAUGGUACAUCGUCUGGAAUGAAGAUGAUUUUGCUACGGAAGGCACAGUUCUUCUUUUUGUACCACAGAAGAAAGUGGUCAGUCAGAAACUCUACAUACUUUGCCGAGGUCAUUUUCACAUCUUCAGGGACCCUAAAGCAGCCUACCAGCUCUCUCCCAAUGAUUCCGGCCCAAAACAUGACUCCGCCACCUCCUUGCUGACGUUGCAGCCUUGUUGGGACAUGGUGGCCAUCCACCAACCAUCCCCUACUCCAUCCAUCUGGACCAUCCAGGGUUGCACGGCACUCAUCAGUCAACAAGACUGUUUGUUUGAAAAUUUGUCUUCAUGUUUUUCUGAGCCCACUGCAACCGUUUCUGCUUGUGAGCAUUGUUUAGGGGUGGCCGAAUAGCAGGUUUAUGCACAACUGUAAAUCUCUGGAGGAUCCUACACCUUGAGUUUCACGGGACUCCAGAGGCACCAGCGGGUUCAAAUACCUGUUUGCUGCUUUGUAAUGGCAUUUUAGCAGCUGCUCUCCUAAUCCGAUGAAUUUGUCUGGCAGAAACCUUCCUCAUUAUGCCUUUAUCUGCACAGAGCACAGACGGGUUGUCUGUUGUCUGACUCAGCCACAAAUCUCUUUACAGUACGACAAUCACGCUUAAGUUUUCAUUAUAUAUCUAAUGUUUUCAUACCUUGUCCAAGGUAUUGCACUAUUUGACCCUUUUCGGCAGCAGAGAUCCUUUUUCUUUCCCAUAUUGCUUGAAACCUGUGGCCUGCUUAAUAAUGUGGAACGUCCUUCUUAAGUAGUUUUCCUUUGAUAUGGCUCACCUGGCAAACUAAUUAUCACAGGUGUCUGAGAUUGAUUUCCGUGAUCCAAAGAGCCCUGAGACACAAUAACAUCCAUGAGUUUAAUUGAAAAACAAGAAAUUAAAUGUUUAUGACACUUAAAUCCAAUCUGCAUAAUAAUUUGGAACACGGUGUAAGUGAAGGACUGGCUUCACCUGUUUGGAGCUGAUGUAAACUGGGUGCCCCUUCUCUCACUCUGCCUCCUGGAAAUCCAGUUUGGUUUUGGAUUGUGUUUAGUUCAGGCCUGAAUUCAUGUUACAGCUAAUUUAGGUUAGCACUUACAUUUUUCCUCGCACUGACUUAAUAUGUUCCACUUUGCUUAUGCUGAGUUCCUCCUUAAUAAGUUUUUUGUUUAGUUGAGUGGUUACUGAGUGGACCUCCCUUCUUUGUUAUGCUCUCCCUGAGUCUUCAGAUGGAGCCUCCCAACAGAGCAUGCUGCCACCUGGGUUCAGGACUUCAUUGCCUGAGUUUAUCCCCCCUUCGAGGUCAGCAGUUCUCCCCCACUGUAUAUAUGUUUGUCAAACCUUGUUCAUUUUGUUUGUUUAUGUUUAUUUUAUACUUGGAAGUUCAAAUCCUUA